AUGCUGCAGAUGCAGCAGCAGCACCAGCAGCAGCAGGCGCAGGCUGCUGCCGCGGCGCAGCAGCAGCAGGCCCAGCUGUACGGCCAGCAGGCGGCGUACGGCGCCCAGGCCGCGCGGCGGGCGGGCGGGGUCGGGCAGGCGCAGCAGCUGCUGCCUGGCAUGGGGUUGCGGCGCGCGCAGCAGCCCGGGACUCAGCAGGUGGCGCAGCAGCAGCUGUACGGCCAGCAGGCGUUUGCCGUGCAGCAGCAGCAGCAGCGCGGCGCGCAGCAGCAGCAGCAGCAGCAGCAGCUGCAGUACCUGCAGCAGAUGUACGGCGGCGGCGGCGGGUACGACGGUGUGCAGCUGCAGGUGGUGCAGCAGCCCCAGCAGCAGCACCAGCACCAGCAGCAGUAUGCAACGCUGCAGUACGCGCAGCAGUACGGAGGGGGCGUGCAGAGCCUGGGGGUCGACGCGUCAGGCGCGAUCGUACUGCAGGCUGUGCAGCAGCCGGCGCAGGGCGCGGCGGCGUACCAGGCGGCCGGCGGCGGCCAGCAGUACCAGCUCGGCGGCGCCGCGCUGCACGCGGGCGGGGGGCAGGGGCAGCAGCAGUACGGAUACACCACCCUCGGCGGCGGCGGCGGCAUGUUCGGCGUCGUCGGCGGCGGGCAGCAAAUUGACGCGCUGGGGGGCUAUGGCGGCGGCAGCGGCGGCGGGGUGCAGUAUGUGCCGGCGGCACGCGUGCAGCAGCAGCAGCAGCAGCAGCAACCGCAGCAACAGCAGCAGCCGCAGCAGCAGCAGCAGGCGGUUGUCGGCGGUCAGCUGUACCAAGUCGUGCAGUACCCCCAGCAGGCCGCGGGCGGCUUUGGGCAGCAGCCCGGCGGCUCGCAGCAGCAGCAGCUUUGGCAGCAGCAGCAGCAGCAGCCGGGCGCGGCGCAACAGCAGCAGCCGCAGCAGCAGCAGCAGCCGCAGCAACAGCAGCAGCAGCAGCAGCAGCUCUCGGGGCAGCUGCAAGGGCUGCAGGUUGGGGAAAUGGCCUACGUUGGCCUCGACCCGCCCGGCCUUGGCGCUGACCCGUCAGCAGGCGGGGCCUUCUACUUCUGA